AUGUCCUGUGCAUGUAUAUACAAUUUUGCCUUUAAUGCUAUAUCGAAAGUGAUGCUGAAUUUUGACUUAUCUGUUCCGGUUUCCCUAUAUUCGCAUGCUUCAUCUGUACCAGUAUUCAAUGGGCUCAAUUUCUCUGACUGGUGUGAACAAAUCCAGUUCAACAUAGGUGUUUUGGACUUGGACUUGGACUUGGCACUUCAAGUUGAGAAACCUGCUAAUGUUAUUGAUGAGAGUAGUGCUGAUGAAAGAUCCUUCCAUAAGGCUUGGGAAAGGUCUAACAGAUUAAGUCUAAUGUUUAUGUGGAUGACUUUAGCAAAGAAUAUCAAAUCUACUAUCCCUAAAACUAAGAUUGUUAAGGAAUAUAUGAAGUUUGUGGUUGAAUGUUCCCAAACAGCUGACAAAUCACUUACUGGCACACUGAUGUGUACCUUAAUCACCAUGAAAUUUGUUGGUUCUCGUACUAUGCAUGAGCAUGUUAUUGAAAUGAGUAACAUUGCAGCAAGACUUAAGACUCUUGGGAUGACCGUGGAUGAAAACUUUCAGUAUGAUCGUGCAAGAGAAGAUGAUGCUUAA